ACAGAGAGACAGACAGACAGAGAGAGAGGACAGACAGACAGAGAGAGAGAGAAGCAGGCAGCAGCAAGCAACAGCAGAAGAAGCAGCAGCAGAAGCGGCAGAGAAGCAACACAGAAGCAGCAGCAGCAGCUAAGCGGCAGCAGAAUGCAGACAGCAGAAGCGCGCAGGCAACAGCAGAAGCAGAAGCAACAAGCAGAAGCAGCCAGCAAAGCGGCAGCAGCAGAGCAACAGUCAGAAGCAGCAGAAAAGCAAAAACAGCAGAAGCAGCAGAAAAGAAGCGAACAGCAGAAAGCAGCAGAGCAGAAAGCAGAGCAGGCAGCAACAGCAGAAGCAACAGCAGAAGCGGCAGCAGGAAAGCAACAGCAGAAGCAAACAGCAGAAGCCAACGCAGCAAAGCAGCAGAAGCAAGAAUUAACAGCAGAAAGCAAAGCAGCAGAAGCGGCAGCAGAAGCAACAGCAGAAGCAACAGAAGCAACCAGCAGAAGCAACAGCAGAAACAACAGCAAAGCGCAGCAGAGCAACAGCAGCAGCAGCAGAAAGCGGCAGCAGAAGCAAACAGCAGAAGCAACAGCAGAAGCGGCAAGCAGAGCAACAGCAGAAGCACAGCAGAAAACAACAGCAGAAGCGGCAGCAGAAGCACAGCAAGAAGCAACAGCAGAAGCGGCAGCAGAAGCAACAGCAAAGCAAACAGCAGAAGCCAGCAGCAGCAGAAGCAACAGCAGAGAGCAACAAGCAGAGCCGGCCAGCAGAGCAGAAACAACAGCAGAAAGAAGCGGCAGCAGAAGCAACAGCAGAAGCGGCAGCAGAAGCAACAGCAGAAGCAACAGCAGAAGCGGCAGCAGACAGCACAGAAGCGCAGCAGAACGAGCAGAAGCAACAGCAGAGACAACAGCAGAGCAGCAGAAAGCGGCAGCAAGCGCCACAGCAAAGCAACAGCAGAAGAAGCAGCAGAAGCAACAAACAACAGCAGCAGAAUUAACAGCAGAAAGACAACAGCAGAAGCAACAGCAGAAGCAGAAGCAGCAGAAGCACAGCAGAGCAACAGCAGAAAGCAACAGAGAAGCGGCAAGAAUAACAGCAGAAGCAACAGCAGAAAAGCAGACAGCAGAAGCAGAGCAAGCAGGCAUUAACAGCAGCCAACAGCAGAAGCGGCAGCAAAGCAACAGCAGAAGCAACAGCAGAAGCAAGCAGCAAAGCAGAAAAAGCAAACAGCAGAAGCAACAGCAGAAAGCAACAGCAGAAGCGGCAGCAGGCAGAAGCAACAGCAGAAGCGGCAGCAGGGAAAGGACCUCGAAGCCUCAGAAUCUGCCGCAGAAUCCUUCUCGGAUCCGUCGACUAAAAAAGCAGCGAUGGAGAGAUAUUUUUGGACGCGGCGAUGUGUUUGAAAUGAGGACGUUUUUGUUCAGGGCGGAUGAAAGUGCUAAACUCAUCUCGGUGUAG